ACGGAGGCAGCGAAAGUGCAGGCGAUGGAGGACGAGAACGAGAACGAGGAAGAGGACGAGAAAGAGAAAGAGAAAGUGCGCCAUGACGGUGGACCAUUCCCGCGUUCGCAGCCCGAUUUGCUCUUCAAUGCCUGGAGGCUGUGGUGCUGACGAGAAGAGCUCCGACGAUCUGAUCUCUUCGGGGGUGGAUAUUCCGACAGCUCAAGGUUCACAUGAACUAGAUGCCAAGGGAAGCGAUUGGAUCAGACGAUGACGCCGUGCGCUGGUGCCGGAGCUGGAAAUUUCGCGUCUUAGGGCUGCGCGGGAGAAAUUUAUCGGGAGAUUGAAUGUCCAAUUCCCCCCGCAGGUGUUUGCCGCAGUCAGUGGUUCGUUCUUUCGCGGGACGUGUCAUUUGAUUCCGUGGGAAAUUCUUUUAGUAUCUGAGUUCAUCUGGACAGGAAGCAGCGGCCGAGGUCCGACGGUGGAUUUGUGAAUUUUCGUGCCUGAUGCAGCAUUGCCCGAUUUGCGUUGAGGAGGAUGUAGGUUUCGAUUAUGCACUGAAAGGGUUUUAGUUGGAAUGUGUAGACGCUGAUAGUUUCCGAGACGGGAGCGAUGCCCACGGGGAUGCUUUCAUUGUGCUCGAGAGCAGGAUUAGGCAUUUUGGCGCAGGACAAGUCUUACUCUUCCGUAACACCCGCCCGGAAUCCCACUCAUGCCUUCUUCUACGAUCGUGCCUCUCCUGCCGUUCGUUGGCCGCACUUGCACUCCAAGCUCACAGAAUCACCUCAAAACCAGCAGCAGCAGACCUCAUCUAGUGAAAAUGUGGAGAAGCAGGAAUUUGGAGAGAGCACAUCGUCAGAGCAGUUCACUCCUGCCGGACGAGGGAGGGCAAAAGAUAGGCCGGAUGGUGGACUUGACAAUGCUCAGCACGAUGAAACUUCAGCAGUGUCAGCUGUCGACGGAGAAAGCUGUCGAGAUGUGCAAUCCGAUUAUAACCUCGUGUCUGGGAAGCAGAAGCGUUGGAAGAUGUCGAAGUUGGCCCUCCUGAAGGCCACGGAUUGGAGGGAAAGAGUUCAGAGGUUGACCGAAGCCAUGUGCCAAUUAGAAUCAGAGCAGACCGUCGCGGAUCUCUUAGAGCGCUGGCCUGAACAGUUGGCCCCCACUGAUUACUGCCUCGUGGUCAAGCAGGUGGGCUUCAAGGAUUGGGCCAGAGCACUCGAGCUUUUUGAAUGGUUGAACAUGAAGCACUGGUACACUCCGAACAACCGGAUGCUGUCAACUAUUCUUGGGGUGCUGGGAAGAGUGAAUCAAGUGAAUCUAGCAGAAGAGCUGUUCCAGAGAGCAGAACCGGAAUUGGGUGACUGUGUCCAGGUGUUCAACGCCAUCCUCAGUGUGCAUGCUAGGCAUGGGAACUGGGAGAGGAUGCAGGAGCUGCUCAGGAUGAUGCUGCUGAAGAGCUGUGAACGUGAUCUCGUGACCUACAAUACACUCAUUAGCGGUCGGGCCAAGGCAGGUUUGCAGCCAGGAAUGGCGAUGGAUUUACUCAGGGAGAUUUGGAAAGCUGGCUUGCGCCCUGAUACUGUAACCUACAAUACUUUAAUCAGUGCUUGCAGUAGCAACAAAUGUCACGAAGAUGCCGUGAAAAUUUACGACGAGAUGAAAGAGCAGGGAUGUUUACCAGACAUUUGGACGUAUAAUGCCAUCAUUUCUGUCUAUGGGAGGUGUGGAUUGGACGACUACGCAGAAGAGGCAUAUAAGACCAUGAAAGCCAAAGGAUUCCUACCCGACGCCAUCACCUACAAUUCCAUACUGUACGCUUACGCAAAGAAAGGCCGGGUCGACGAUGUUGAACUGAUCCUGAGACAAAUGAAGGAUGCCGGGCGGGAGGCUGAUGAAAUCACUUACAACACCAUGAUACACAUGUACGGGAAGAAGAAUCUCACUUCUAAGGCUCUUGAUCUGUACGAGCAGAUGAAACGCAGCAGGCGGUAUCCAGACACCGUCACUUUUACCGUGCUGAUUGACGGGCUUGGUAAAGCUGGAGAGGUGAAAGAGGCAGAACGCAUUUUUAAUGAGAUGUCCCAAGCCGCCGUAAAACCAUCGCUGAAUACAUACAGCGCUAUGAUUUGUGCGUAUGCCAAAGCAUCUUUGUUCAAGGAUGCAGAAGGGACUUUCGAGUGUAUGCUACAGGCUGGUAUCCAGCCGGAUGGUUUAGCAUUGUCAGUCAUGCUCGACGUCUAUUUGAAUUCUGGUCAGGCGAAUAGAGUCUUGCCCACCUAUCAAAGGAUGGUAACCAGAGGAAUCAAACCUGGCCUUGGCCAAUGCGGUCUCAUGCUUCGUCUUUACCAGAAGGAGGGUUUGCUCGGUGAAAUUGAACGACUUUGUGAAGACAUGCGCAGUGCUGCAUAUGAUCCAAUAGCCCUGUGCACCACAUUCGCCAAGGCCGGACUCAUUCAUGCCUCGGAGAGAGCUCUGAAGGAUGCAAAUGCCCGAGGAAGAAAGUUGGACCCGUCUGCAGUAGAUGCACUUAUGAAUGCUUACGUGAAAGCUGGGAUGUACAAAGAUGCCAAAGAGCUAGUUGAUUUCAUACCUUUUUCGGAUCGCGGGAAAAUACGUGAGCAGCUGAUCGUCACCCUUGCGAAUGGGGAGAAGUUUGAGGAAGCAAAUGAAGAAUUUGUGAAAUUAAAAGCUUCAGGACAAGGAGUUAGCGUAAAAGUUUUCAGAUCUUUGAUUGUCACCUAUGAGCGGGCGGGAAUGCCUGAGCGGGCUUUAGAUAUUUUGAAGGAGAUGGAGGAACUCGGAGUAAGGCCUGACGCGGUAUGCUUGAAAAGUGCAGUUUUAGCUUCCUGCAGAGUGGGCGAUCCCGAUCGAGGGCACAUGCUGCUCAGGCGAAUGGUGGCUGAAUUCGGUAGUGUUGGAGACUCGUAUCUUCACAUGUACGUAGCAAAAGCUUACAUCAAGCACCAGUCUUGGGAUAAUCUGGAGUCCGUUUUAGAACAUGUUACUAAGUCGGGUCUACGCAUCUCUACGAAAGACUAUAAUACUAUUUUGCUUGCGCUAGCUGAAUGCGGUCAGUUUCAGCAACUGGAGAGAUUGGUGCAGAAAAUGAUUCUAGAUGGUUCAUCUCCCAGUUCGAGCUUUACAAAUGCCUUGCUAGAAGCAAUCCUCAAGGUGGGGAGUAUGGCAGACGCCGCUGAUGCUCAUCGAAGAUUCAGUGAGUUGGGAAUACCAACUGACAUGGAGACUGAUCUGAUGAUGCUUCAAGGUUUUGCCAAGGACCUUAACGUGGUGAAAGCCAAAGGUAUAUAUCGCGAUUCUAGGAUGAAAGGCUAUUUCCUACCUGUGUGGGCAUUCAAGGUCCUCAUCGGCUUAUUCUCUAAAGUAGGUUGUCCAGAAGACGCAGAAACCACAUUGAAGGAGAUGCAGCAAUCGGGUUAUCAACCAGACACUUUUGUGUACAAUGCCAUGAUCAGUUUGUACAGCAAAGUUGGAGACUUUCAAAAAGCAGCUCAGGUAUUCCAGGGAAUGAAAGAUGUUGGAUUUUCUCCUGACACCAUCACUUACAACACUUUAAUUCACGUCUAUAGCCGCCGUUUGUUGGUGAGAGAAGCCUAUUCUUUGCUCCAGCAAAUGCAGAAGGCGGGUUGUGCGCCUGAUCUUGCUUCGUACACAAUGUUACUUUCUGCCUAUGGGCAGAUGCAAAUGUGGGAAGCAGCGACGGCGUGCUUCAAGGAGUUACAAGAACUUGGAAUACAACCGGAUGAGGCAACAUAUAACAUCAUGAUAGACGUGUAUAGAAGAUCUGGUAAAUCUGAUCUCAGUCAGGUUAUUCUGUCCCAAAUGAAGGAGCAAGGUCUUGAACCGUCUAGAACCACAAUGAGUUUGGUGAUGGAUUCGUAUGGCAAAAGUGGUGAUACUGAAAGCGCAGAAGCUGUUUUUGAUGAAAUGGUUGAGGCUGGUGUUGACGUUAACGUCAUUCAGUACACGUCUCUGAUUGAUGGAUAUUUGAAAGAAGGUAAGUUUGAGGCAGCUGUUGCCAAACUUAGAAGAAUGCAGGCAGAGGGAAUAGUGCCCAACUACGUCACUUGGACUUGCUUCGUCGCAGCCGCCAGUAAAUGUGAAGAAAGGAAGGAUGCCUUGAUGCUUCUGAAAGCUCUGCAAGAAUGUGGAUUCUCACUUCCGUUAAGACUGUUGACAGAAAGGAGUCGUUCAUUACUCACGGAAGUGGAUGACCUGACUUCAAAUUUUCAAGCUACUGGCACUGGUAGCGGAUCUGGAUUUCUCAACGUCCUGCAAGACCUCCUUUGGGCAUUUGAAAAGCGUGCGACUGCAGCUUACGUAUUUCAAUCUGCCGCUGAUAAGAAUAUUUAUGGACGAGAUUUCUUCAGAGUUGAAGAAGGAGACUGGGAAGCUGACUUUUGCAAACUCUCGCCUGGAGCUUCUCUCGUAGCAUUGCACCUCUGGCUGAUGCAAAUGCAGGAAGCAGCGUUGACAGGCAGACCACUGUCGCCAAAGUCAGUGCUUCUGAUUAUUGGUAGUAGCAAACGGAGCAAUCAUCAGUCAGUUAACAAGACGCUGAUGGCACAUCUAUGGUCUAUGGGUUCUCCAUUUCUAGUGUCAAAGACACGAGCAGGUGUCCUCAUUGCCAAAGGACAUUCUCUUCGUAUGUGGUUAAAAGAUUCUCCUAAAUGUUUUGACCUAGAGCUGGAAGACAGACCGAGCCCACCGGAAUUCAACUCCAUGCAAGCAUACGAGGAGGCCUGGAUGCCUAGAGAUCUGGUUCCCGCUUUCCAGCAGAUAGAGAAAACUAUGGGAACAACUUUACGUCCCAAGAAAUUCAUGAGAUUGGUAAACCUGGAAGAAGAGAAACGUGCAGAUGUGAUAGCAGCAGAUAUCAGAGGCAGGACUGAGAAGGCUGCAAGAGACAAGGCUAAGAAAAGACACGCUAAAGUAGGUCUAGGUCCUCCAGGUAAUAAGUCUAAUAUUGGUUUAAGCUCAAAAAAGGUGUGAGCCUUUCACGGAAACGAUGAACGAAACAAUGUCUAGCCUGGAAGGUAAUUUAGUCGGAGCCGGGGUUUGAGGUUGGGAGGUAAUAUUUCUGCUUUUCUACCGAUCGUUAAACGACUCAGAUCAUGGCGACUACAGUAGCUGCUCUCAUGCAAGGGUGAGGCAUUGCAGACUAUCGUACACCCGAUACAGUUGUCUUUGGACACCGAGGUAGUCCUGCUGGGAUAUUUGACGUCAAGACUAAAGAUCAUCCAUGGUACGGACAUUCUGCUUCAUAUGAAAUAGAUCUGAUCUUAUCAAAGGUGGGCGUAGCUUAAUAUGUUUUGCAGGUUGCACUUGUCGGCCGAUAUCGGUCGGGGAUGUGCACAGUACUGUAAACUAAAGCUGUACACAUCAAAGCCCAGCAACAGUGAAGGCUACAGACUGAAUUGCCACACUGCCCUGUAUGGAGGAAGUACGUAAUCAAAGCCACAGAAAGGACUCGGCUUUCGUGUGCAGUUCUACCUUUCUUCAAGCGACGGAGAAAAAGACGCAGCAAAUAGACCAGUUCGAUUCCGAUGAUUAUAUAUGGAGUUGGAGAAACAGCUUAUACGUGCAGAAAACUCAAUUCUUGUUCUUUCUUUGCAGACAAGAUUCUACACAGUAAUCAAGUAUCUAGCUGGCAUCAGGGGAUCAUCUUAGUUCUUGUAGAUACUUCCAACCGGACAAGUUGGUUCAGUCUCUUGUAUAAUCUAAUGCCAAAAUGUAAGAGAUUAACAUCUUUAGCAUUUGUCGAUUGGCCUUGCUGGCUAACCCUAAACCCUUGCUGGCUACCAAUUAUGGGAGUUGACCUCAUUGUAUGGUUGUCUACUUUGACUUGCACUGAACCAUUUUAUCU